AUGCUACCUACUCUUGAUAUUACCCCAGUUGAUAGAUGGAAAACAGCAAGAAAGAAAUGCGGACAGACAAAACUUCCUCGAAUAGCAACUAUUGAAUGGAGACAAAAACUACUGAAUAACGUGAACAAAAAUAAAGAAGAUGAGAAGAGAAAUGAGGCAGGAACAAUAUUGUUUCCUGAAUUGAAGUUACACGAAGGAACUUCAAUGGAAAGUAAAGAAGAAAAAGAAAAAGAAACGCAUCAUUCACAUGAAACAAAAUCAACCGGGUGGAAUAGUACUCUGAUCACUGAUGAUUACAAAAAAAUGAAUUUUGCUGCACUUUCAGUAGAGAAAAUAAUUAAAGACCAAAUGGAACAAGUUAGACAGAAUAUCGGCCUGAAAAAAAGGAACGUGAACGCCAUAGGAGAUUUAAUGAGGAAGUAUAACAACGAAGAUGCAGAAUCAUCAUUUGAGCAACUGAUCGAAGAAUAUGCGAAAUCUUGCAUGGAACUUAGUAGUAUAAACUGUUCGUUGUAUACGCUAAGACAGGACGACAGCAUAACGAAUAUAGCCGAGGUUGAUGUGUUUAAAAAUGAAAUGGAAGAAAUUCUGAAUGAAAUUCAACUGGAAAAAAGUUAUAUAGCUGAACUAGACAGACUAUUGCAAUCGUUCAAUGAAAAAAAACUAUGA